AUGGCGCGCAAUGAGGAGAAGGCGCAGUCGCUGCUGAACCGAUGGACGAGCAUGAAGCAGGACUUUGCCGACACGUUCAAAGAGCAAGUGAGCGAGGCGACGCUAGGACUGACUCGACGCCCAUAUCUCGCGUCUCAAUGCGAUAAUCUGAACGACGCCGAGCGCUGGCGACGGCAGAUCGUCCGUGAGAUCUCCAAGAAAGUGGCCGAUAUCCAGAACGCUGGCUCGAGCGAGCACGUGAUCCGGGACUUGAACGACGAGAUCAACAAGCGCAUCCGGGAGAAGCGGCAUUGGGAACGCCGGAUCGUGCAGCUCGGUGGAUCGGACUAUGCGCGCACGCAGCCGCAAGCCUACGAUGGUGACGGGGCAGCUGUCAGGGGAGCGCGAGGCUACCGGUACUUUGGUGCGGCGAAGAAUUUGCCUGGCGUGCGCGAGCUUUUCCAGAAAGAGGAGCGUGGACCGCGCAAACGUGCGCGCCAAGACAUGUACAAGAACAUUGGCCCCGACUACUAUGGCUUUCGUGAUGACGAGGACGAGCAGCAGCUCAAAGAGGAGGAGGAAGCGGAAAGUCGGCUACGUAAGCGGGUCAUGGCGGACUGGGACGCUGCCGAAGCGAAGCGGAAGGCGCAGGUUGCGGGAUUGGUGCGUGCUCAUCGUGCGGGAUACGAGCUGCGUGAAGCGAGACGAGGCAAGAACGGUCGAUAUGACGACGAUGCAGAGGAGGGAGUAGUGCUGCUGCUCGUCGGCUACGAUGGACUCAGCUGCACGAGACUCACUGGGCAUAGCAGUCGUGCCAUGUAG